AUGAUAUCAGCCUUCGAACCAAUUAUAAUUGCUGGAAUAUUUGCUGUAACAUUAUCAACUGCUUUAGCAAGUCUUGUUAGUGCAUUGAAAAUCUUUCAAGCUGUUUGUCGAGAUAUGAUUUAUUCUCGUUUAAAAUAUUUUGCUGUUGAUAAUGGAAAAUCUAAUGAACCAAUACGAACAUAUGUCUUAACAUAUUUCGUUGCUAUUUCAUUUACUGCUAUUGAUAAAAAAAAUUCUUUGAACAUUUCUUGUUUUUCAAAUCAAUUUUCAUAUCUUUCAAAGAUGAAUUAA